UAAAUUAAGUAGGACAGCCUCUUCUCUAUAGAGUAUGCAACUAUGCCUUGUGCACUCCAGUACUACUCCGUAGCUAACUAGCAAGUAAAUAUAUACCGUGUUCCUUGCGAAGAUUAAAUAUUGCCAUUGAUCACUUGGGCACACAGCAAGAUGGCAGCGCCGGCGCGACCACCGCCGUCGUCAGCAGCACUUCUCUCUGCGAACCAUGGCUCUGCUUGUCGCUUCACCGCCACCGUCUCGGCGAGCCGGGCGCCGGCCGCCGCCGUUAACGUUGUCCACAGUCGUCGCCGGAGCGGGACCUGCGCCAGACGAUGGAUCACCGGCGCCCGCCGCCGGGCUACUGAGCUCUCGAGGAUAAGGUGUAGCGCCGUCGACGGUGGCCGUGGCGGCGAGGCGACGUCCGCUCUCGCCGCGGUCACCGCCGUGGAGCAGGAUCACGCGGCGGUGAUCACGAUGAAGGCCACGGUGACGGCGAAGGCGCCCGCCGGCGCCCGCGGCUUGCUGUCUCACGUUGGGGUGGACGGCGUGCGUGACGACAUUGCUGACUUCACCCAAAGGAGCUUGUUCCUUGAGCUCGUCAGCUCGGAGCUGGAGCCAAAAACAGGGGAGGAGAAGUCGACCAUCUCGGGGUACGCCCACGUCACGCGCCGCGACGGCGCCGGAGCCACGUACGAGGCCACGUUCGCCGUGCCGGCCUCGUUCGGCCCCGUCGGCGCCGUCCUCGUCGAGAACGAGCACCACCGCGAGAUGUUCCUCCGGGACAUCGUCCUCACCGACGGCGGCUCUUCCUCCUCCUCCGCCGCCGUCUUCGAGUGCAACUCCUGGGUCCAUUCCAAGUUCGACGACAGCCGCAAGCGCGCCUUCUUCCCGCUCAAGUCCUACCUGCCGUCGCGGACGCCGCAGGGCGUGGCGAGGCUGCGCAACGACGAGCUCGCCGCCGUCCGCGGCGACGGGCACGGCGAGCGCAGGAGCUUCGAGCGCGUCUACGACUACGACGUGUACAACGACCUUGGCAACCCCGACGCCGACCCGGCCACGAAGCGCCCCGUGCUCGGCGGCAAGGACCACCCCUACCCUCGCCGCUGCCGCACCGGCCGCCCCCGCAGCAAGAAAGACCCGUCGUCGGAGAAGAGGAGCAGCAGCGUGUACGUGCCGCGGGACGAGGUGUUCUCGGAGGUGAAGAGCGCGACGUUCAGCGCCAUGACGCUGCGGUCGGCGAUGCACGCGGUGGUGCCGUCGAUCGAGACGGCGCUCGUCGACGCCGCCAUGGGCUUCCCCCACUUCGCCGCCAUCGACGCGCUCUUCGACGACGGCAUCAAGCUGCCGGGGGGCAAGAACGGCCUCGACAGGCUGCUCACCCUCGUCCCUCGCCUCAUCAAGGCCGCCGGCGAGGUCUCCGACUUCGUCCUCCGCUUCGAGACGCCGGAGAUGAUCGACAGGGACAAGUUUGCAUGGUUCAGAGACGAGGAGUUCGCGAGGCAAACGCUUGCAGGGCUCAACCCACUGAGCAUCCAGCUAGUCACUGAGUUGCCCAUCACCAGCAAGCUGGAUGAGGAAAUCUAUGGCUCGCCGGAUUCCCUGAUCAUCAAGGAGCUCAUCGAGGAGCGGAUCAACGGAGCCAUGACUGCACAGGAGGCACUCGAAAGCAAGAAGCUGUUCAUGCUGGACUACCACGACCUGUUCCUGCCGUACGUGAACAAGGUGCGCGAGCUGGACGGCACCACGCUGUACGGCUCGCGCACGCUCUUCUUCCUCACCGGCGACGGCACGCUCAACCCGAUCGCCAUCGAGCUGACGCGGCCCAAGUCUCCGGCGAGGCCGCAGUGGAGGCAGGUGUUCACCCACCGCUGCGACGCCACGGGCUCAUGGCUGUGGAAACUCGCCAAGGCGCACGUCCUGGCCCACGACUCCGGCUACCACCAGCUGGUCAGCCACUGGCUGAGGACGCACUGCUGCGUCGAGCCGUACAUCAUCGCGGCGAACCGGCGGCUGAGCAGGAUGCACCCCGUGCACCGGCUGCUCCGGCCGCACUUCCGGUACACGAUGGAGAUCAACGCGCUGGCGAGGGAGUUCCUCGUCAGCGCCGGCGGCAUCAUCGAGAGCUCGUUCUCGCCGGGGAGGUACUCCAUGGAGCUCAGCUCCGCCGUCUACGACGCGCUCUGGCGGUUCGACAUGGAGGCCCUCCCGGCCGACCUGAUCCGGCGGGGGAUGGCGGCGGAGGGGGACGACGGCGAGCUGGUGCUGGCCAUCGAGGACUACCCGUACGCCAACGACGGGCUGCUCGUCUGGGAGUCCAUCAAGGAGUGGGCGUCCGACUACGUUAGGUGCUACUACUCGUCGGCGGAGGAGAUCGCCGGCGACGAGGAGCUGCAGGGGUGGUGGACGGAGGUGCGGACCAAGGGCCACGCCGACAAGAAGGACGAGCCGUGGUGGCCGGUGCUGGACUCGCACCAGAGCCUCGUCCAGGUGCUGACCACCAUCAUGUGGGUCACGUCGGGGCACCACGCCGCCGUGAACUUCGGACAGUACCACUUCGCCGGCUACUUCCCGAACCGGCCGACGAUCGCGCGGCGGAACAUGCCGGUGGAGGAGGGAGUAGGCGGCCGCGAGAUGGAGGCGUUCCUGGCCAGGCCGGAGGAGACGCUGCUGGGGACGUUCCCGUCGCAGAUCCAGGCGGCCGUGGUGAUGACGGUGCUGGACAUCCUGUCGGCGCACUCGCCGGACGAGGAGUACAUGGGCGCGCGCGCGGAGGCGGCGUGGGCGGCGGAGCCCAUGGCGCUGGCGGCGUUCGAGAGGUUCAGCGGGAGGAUGAAGGAGAUCGAGGGGAUCGUCGACGAGAGGAACGCGAGGGAGGAGCUCAGGAACCGCUGCGGCGCCGGCGUCGUGCCGUACGAGCUGCUCAAGCCCUUCUCCGGCGCCGGCGUCACCGGGAGGGGCAUCCCCAACAGCAUAUCCAUUUGAGCUCCAGCACAAAUUAUCCAUUUGGGCGACUAUAUUAUAUAUAUCGUUGAUUGCAGAAUAAAUUUGGCUGCUUAAAGGGUUUUUGAUAAUUCAGUGGCAUGACAUACUCUACUAAAUGGUUAGAUAUUUUUCUCCACGGUCUUCGAGAUUCGUGUAACAUUAUGCUAGUAACAUCACUAUAUGCUACGGAUUACAUAAUAAAUUGGGCUCCUUGCAGUCAUAUUCUACUAAAUGCCUCGAUAUUUUUCUAUGUUGGCUUGCAUUAGUUUACUAUGUUGGUGCUAUAGAUGGUCAUAUGGGCCGCCCGGCCCUGCAUCAGGGGCGAAGCUGUAUGUACGAAGGGGUUCAAAAAAAAAAUUUAGCUAGAGUUUAUCAAUUUUUACUGUAUAUUCAUUCCUUCAAUCC